CUCUCUCUCUCUCUCGGUAUCACUGCAGAGCUGAGCUGCAGGGGCAGCAGAGGCAGAGAGAAGCUCCAACUCCCGAUCAGUAAGACACAGGCAGGCAGACAGACAGGCAGACAGACACAGUGACUGACAGACACACCGUACCCGGACCACCAUCAUGGACUGGAUCAGGACAGAGAAACCCGUCUCCGGAUGAGACAGGACGGCCUGGCUUGUUAUUUCGGAGGAGGGGGGACUCUGCUGUAGAUAUACGUGGAAUAACCGACCACCUUUUUGUGUGUGUAUGUGUGUGCGUGUGAUUUUUUUUAUUUUUUUUUAUUUUUGGGAGAUUUUAACCCCGUGCUAUCCGUGAUGGAAUAUUUACACCCUUUCCUCAAAUUUCUCCUCUUCUACUCUUCCUCCUCUUUUUCUUCCUCCAUCAUCUCCACCACCACCUCCUCUUCUUCUUCUUCUUCAUCCUCUCACAUUUUGACACGCUGCUGAAAGAUGCGCACGAAUGCGUCUUUUGCGCACUUCCAUUGCGACCGUCACUGACAGCGCCCGUGCUUUGUAACAUUUUAAAACCUUUUUUCCACCCCCUACAACAACAAAGGGAGAGAGAAGGAAGGAAAGAAGAAGAAGAGAGAGAGGUGUGAAUUGAAUUGAACGCGGUGCUGGUCUCAUGUUUCUCGCCUAGGGCCCGGAUGUACCGAGAGAUGCACCGGUGCGUUUUCCCAACCGGUUCCGCCGAAAGCUCCCUCUUUUUUCUCGCCUUCACCUCCAUCAUGGGGAUUAGGUAAUAUUCACUCCAUCCGAAGAAACCCUCCCCAUAAACACUCAAACAAAAAUAACGGAAUACCCGAAACUGUCCGCGCCAGACAGUCCUCCUUUCUUCUUUUUCCCCCCUUUUCUUCUUUCAUUUUAUUUUUUGGGGGGCUUUCCCCCCCCCUUCUUUCCUCUUCUUGUUCUCCCUCCUCCAGCUUCCUCCCCCCUCCUCUCUCUCUUCCAUUCACCUAUAGGGAUAACGCCGGACUACAUUUAUGGUAAAUGAAAGCAAAAACAUGUACAUCCCGGAGGACACCCUUGAGAACCAUCAAGGCUCCGACUACUCUCCCCCACCGCCUCCCCCUCUUCCUCGCCCUCCCGUCCCUGCCCUGACCAACGAGCACAGUGGCAGCGGAAGCCAUGGUGACCAUGGCGGAGGAGGGGGCGGGGUCAACCACGGCGUGGGCGUGGUUGGCCUGGCUCCGGAGCACAUCCCCACGCCAGGGGCAGCCCUGAGCUGGCAGGCGGCCAUCGACGCCGCGCGGCAGGCAAAGAUGAUGGGCAAUGCUGCAUCGGGCGGAGGGGCGGGGCUUGGGUCGGGAGGGGGCGGGCCCAUCUCUACGGCCAGCUCCACGCAAAGGAAGAGACAACACUACAGCUCUAAACCCAAGAAACAGACCACAACGACAGCCACAAGGCCGCCACGGGCCCUGCUCUGUCUCACACUCAAGAACCCCAUCCGCAGGGCCUGCAUCAGCAUCGUCGAGUGGAAACCAUUUGAGAUCAUCAUCCUGAUGACCAUUUUCGCCAACUGUGUGGCCUUAGCUGUCUACAUCCCCUUCCCUGAGGAUGACUCGAAUGCCACCAACUCCAACCUGGAACGUGUGGAGUAUCUGUUCCUCAUCAUUUUCACGGUGGAGGCGUUCCUGAAGGUAAUAGCCUACGGCCUGCUCUUCCACCCCAACGCCUACCUGAGGAACGGCUGGAAUCUGCUCGACUUCAUCAUCGUAGUUGUAGGGUUGUUCAGUGCGAUCUUGGAACAGGCCACAAAGGGGGACGGAGCAGCUCCUAUUGGAGGGAAGGCAGCGGGCUUCGAUGUCAAGGCUCUGAGGGCAUUCAGAGUACUCAGACCACUCAGACUGGUCUCUGGAGUACCAAGUUUACAGGUAGUGUUGAACUCCAUAAUCAAAGCCAUGGUUCCUCUGCUCCACAUUGCCCUGCUGGUCCUCUUCGUCAUCAUCAUCUAUGCCAUCAUCGGUCUGGAGCUCUUCAUGGGCAAGAUGCACAAGAGCUGCUUUGACAACCAUACAGGCGCCAUUGCAGAAAAGAAGGCACCGUGCGCACCUGAUAACGCUUACGGUCGACACUGUACGGAAAAUGGAACACAGUGUAGAGGUGGCUGGGAGGGCCCGAACGACGGCAUCACCAACUUCGACAACUUCGCCUUUGCCAUGUUGACGGUGUUCCAGUGUAUAACCAUGGAGGGCUGGACGGACGUACUGUACUGGAUGCAGGAUGCUAUGGGCUAUGAGCUGCCAUGGGUCUAUUUUGUCUCUCUCGUCAUCUUCGGCUCUUUUUUCGUUCUCAACCUCGUUCUGGGGGUGUUGAGCGGAGAGUUUUCCAAGGAGAGAGAGAAGGCCAAGGCACGUGGUGACUUCCAGAAACUCAGAGAAAAACAGCAACUGGAGGAAGACCUCAAGGGCUAUUUAGACUGGAUCACUCAGGCUGAAGAUAUUGACCCAGAGAAUGAAGAGGAGGGCAUGGACGAUGACAAACCCAGAAACUUGAGCAUGCCAGCCAGCGAGAAUGAAUCAGUCAACACAGACAACGCCCACGGGGGAGACGUGGAGGGGGAGACCUGCUGUACCCGGCUAGCAAUUAGGAUCUCCAAAUCCAAGUUCAGUCGCUACUCUCGGAGGUGGAACAGGCUGUGUAGAAGGAAGUGCCGGGCAGCAGUCAAAUCACAGGUUUUUUAUUGGCUGGUCAUCUUCCUGGUUUUCCUCAACACUCUGACCAUCGCCUCUGAGCAUCACCAGCAGCCUCAGUGGCUAACCGACGUACAAGACAUAGCCAAUAAGGUUCUGCUUGCACUCUUCACUGGUGAGAUGCUGCUGAAGAUGUACAGUCUGGGCCUACAGGCGUACUUCGUGUCGCUCUUCAAUCGGUUCGACAGCUUUGUAGUAUGUGGAGGGAUUCUUGAGACCAUUCUGGUGGAAACAAAGAUUAUGUCUCCUCUUGGCAUCUCUGUGUUACGUUGCGUACGCUUGCUCAGAAUCUUCAAAAUAACCAGGUACUGGAACUCCCUGUCCAACCUGGUGGCCUCCCUGCUAAACUCUGUCCGCUCCAUUGCUUCCCUCUUGCUCCUCCUCUUCCUCUUCAUCAUCAUCUUCUCCCUGCUGGGCAUGCAGCUCUUUGGGGGGAAAUUCAACUUCGACGAGACUCGACGCAGCACCUUCGACAACUUUCCCCAGUCUCUGCUCACCGUGUUUCAGAUCCUAACAGGAGAGGACUGGAACUCAGUGAUGUAUGAUGGUAUCAUGGCCUACGGUGGUCCAUCUUUUCCUGGCAUGCUGGUCUGCAUAUACUUCAUCAUCCUCUUCAUCUGCGGAAACUAUAUCCUCCUGAAUGUCUUCUUGGCCAUCGCUGUCGACAAUCUGGCAGAUGCUGAGAGCCUGACAUCAGCCCAGAAAGAAGAGGAGGAGGAGAAGGAGAGGAAAAAACUGGCCAGGCUCGCCAGUCCAGAGAAGCGUCACGACAACGAGAAGCCGCCUCUGGAGGAAGAGAAGAAGGAGAAGAUCGAGCUGAAGUCUAUUACGUCUGAUGGAGAGAAACACGCUACUAAGAUCAACAUGGAUGACUGCUGUGGAGAUGAAAGUGAAGAGAAGAACCCAUAUCCUGCAAAUGAUUACAUAGGAGACGAUGAUGACGAUGAGCCAGAGAUGCCAGUUGGCCCAAGGCCGCGGCCACUCUCUGACAUCCAGCUGAAGGAGAAGGCCGUUCCUAUGCCUGAGGCCCGCGCUUUCUUCAUCUUCAGCCACACCAACAAAUUCAGGGUUCUGUGCCAUAAGAUCGUCAACCACAACAUCUUCACCAACCUCAUCCUCUUCUUCAUCCUGCUCAGCAGCAUCAGUCUGGCAGCAGAGGACCCAGUCAAGAAUGACUCCUUCAGAAACCAGAUCCUCGGCUAUGCAGAUCACGUCUUCACUGGACUCUUCACCAUAGAGAUCAUUCUUAAGAUGACAGCGUACGGAGCCUUCCUCCAUAAAGGUUCCUUUUGCAGAAACUAUUUCAACAUCCUGGACUUAGUGGUGGUCAGCGUGUCCCUCAUCUCCUCUGGAAUACAGUCCAGUGCAAUUAAUGUGGUGAAGAUCCUGCGAGUUCUGCGAGUGCUGAGACCGCUGAGGGCCAUCAACAGAGCCAAAGGACUGAAGCAUGUUGUGCAGUGCGUGUUUGUGGCCAUCAGGACCAUCGGCAACAUCGUCAUCGUCACCACGUUACUGCAGUUCAUGUUCGCUUGUAUUGGAGUACAGCUCUUUAAGGGCAAGUUCUACUCCUGCUCCGACUCCUCUAAACAUACUCAGGCAGACUGCAGGGGUUCUUACAUCAAGUAUAAGGACGGUGAUGUGGGGAAGCCUGAAAAAGCCGAUAGAAAGUAGAACAGUGCAUUUAACUUUGACGAUGUCCUGCAAGGCAUGAUGGCUCUGUUUGCUGUGUCUACCUUUGAGGGUUGGCCAGGGUUACUGUACCAGGCCAUAGACUCUCAUGCUGAGGAUGUCGGUCCCAUCUACAACUACCGCGUGGUCAUCUCCAUCUUCUUCAUCAUCUACAUCAUCAUCAUCGCCUUCUUCAUGAUGAACAUCUUCGUCGGUUUCGUCAUCGUCACAUUCCAAGAGCAAGGAGAGCAAGAGUAUAAGAACUGCGAGCUGGACAAGAACCAGCGUCAGUGUGUGGAGUACGCCCUGAAGGCUCGUCCAUUGCGUCGCUACAUCCCCAAGAACCCAUACCAGUACAAGGUGUGGUAUGUGGUCAACUCCACCUACUUUGAGUACUUGAUGUUCACACUCAUCCUCCUCAACACCAUCUGUUUGGCCAUGCAGCAUCAUGGGCAGACCAAACAUUUCAAUGAUGCUAUGAACAUCCUCAACAUGCUCUUCACUGGACUGUUCACUGUUGAGAUGAUCCUGAAACUGAUCGCCUUCAAACCCAGGCAUUAUUUUGUUGAUGCAUGGAACACAUUUGAUGCCUUGAUAGUUGUGGGUAGCAGUGACAUAGCGAUCACUGAGGUUAACCCAGCUGACUCGUCCUCGUCCUCGUCCUCGUCCUCCUCUUCGUCCUCCUCUUCCUCCUCUUCCUCCUCUCACCCCCCUGUGGUAAGGCCAAUGGGACUGCAGAACUCUGAAGAGAACGCCAGGAUCUCCAUCACCUUCUUCCGGCUGUUCCGCGUGAUGAGGCUGGUGAAGCUGCUGUCUCGCGGGGAAGGGAUUCGGACCCUGCUGUGGACCUUCAUCAAAUCCUUCCAAGCUCUGCCCUACGUAGCUCUGCUUAUAGUGAUGCUGUUCUUCAUAUACGCUGUCAUCGGCAUGCAGAUGUUUGGUAAGAUAGCGCUGCAGGACCACACGCAGAUCAACAGGAACAACAAUUUCCAGACAUUCCCUCAGGCAGUGCUGCUGCUCUUCAGAUGUGCGACAGGUGAAGCGUGGCAGGAGAUCAUGCUGGCGUGUUCGCCCAAUCGAACGUGCGAGAAAGGAUCGACCCAUGAAAACAGCACAGACACCGAGGACUGUGGCAGCCAGUUUGCUAUCAUUUACUUUGUCAGCUUCUACAUGCUCUGUGCCUUCCUGAUCAUCAACCUGUUUGUGGCCGUCAUCAUGGACAACUUUGACUACCUGACACGUGAUUGGUCGAUCCUGGGGCCGCAUCAUCUUGACGAGUUCAAGAGGAUCUGGGCUGAAUAUGACCCAGAAGCUAAAGGGAGGAUAAAGCACCUCGAUGUGGUGACUCUGCUUCGGAGAAUCCAGCCUCCCCUCGGCUUCGGAAAGCUCUGUCCACACAGGGUGGCUUGCAAGCGUCUGGUGUCGAUGAACAUGCCUCUGAACAGCGAUGGGACAGUGAUGUUUAACGCCACACUGUUUGCUCUGGUCAGAACUGCACUCAGGAUCAAGACUGAAGGCAACCUGGAGCAGGCUAAUGAGGAACUGAGGGCAAUAGUGAAGAAGAUCUGGAAGAGAACCAGCAUGAAGCUACUGGAUCAAGUGGUGCCUCCUGCUGGUGAUGAUGAGGUAACAGUUGGGAAGUUCUACGCCACCUUCCUCAUCCAGGAAUAUUUCCGCAAGUUUAAGAAGAGGAAAGAACAAGGGCUGGUGGCCAAGGUGCCCCCCAAAACUGCCCUCUCUCUGCAGGCGGGCCUGCGGACAUUGCAUGACAUCGGUCCAGAGAUUAGGAGGGCCAUCUCUGGAGACCUGACCGUGGAGGAGGAGCUGGAUAAAGGCCUGAAGGAGCCUGUGUCGGCAGCAUCUGAGGACGAUAUCUUCAGGCGCACAGGCGGGUUGUUCGGCAACCACGUCAACUACUACAACCAGAGCGACGGCCGUGGCUCCUUCCCACAGUCCUUCACUACCCAGCGUCCCCUGCAUAUCAGCCAGAAAGGCUCACCUUGUGAGGGCGAGAGUCCGUCUCACGAGAAGCUCAUGGACUCGACCACUUUCACCCCUUCCUCUUACUCCUCAUCAGGCUCCAACGCCAACAUCAACAAUGCCAACAACACUGGCAUGGGCGGGGUGGCAACGCAGGGCAUCAGUCGAUUCCCAAGCCCAUCCAUAAGCACUGUGGACGGGCACACAGGGCAGCCGCUCACCCCCAUCCUGCUGCCAAGAUCUGCAUGGUGCUUUCCUCCAAAGAGGACGUGUUUUUAUGACACCCUCAUGCGCUCGGACUCCAGUGACAGCCGCCUGCCAAUCAUCCGAAGAGGGGAGGGGUCGACGGAGGAGACGUACGACGAGAGCUAUGCAGACGACAGGGAGUACCACGAGGAUGACCACUCGCUCUCCUCUGACAUGCUGGUGUAUCAUGAUGAAACAUGUAAGCAGCUGACUCCCAUGGAGGAUGCAGAGGAGGUAGAGGAGAGAAGAGGAGGAGGAGGGUGGCAGUCUCCCAGGAGAGUCUUCCUCUGCCCCACUUCUCUGGGGCGGAGAUCGUCCUUCCAUCUGGAGUGUCUCCGGAGACAGUCGAGGCCAGAUGUCUCCCAGAAGACAGCAGUACCCUUACAUCUUGUACAUCAUCAGGCUCUGGCGGUGGCAGGGUUGAGUCCUCUACUAAGAAGGAGUCACUCACCGACCCUCUUCAGCCGGCUGUGCUCCACGCCUCCAGCCAGUCCCACAGGCCAAUGCAGUGAUGCCUCUUAUCAGCGAGUUCCCUCCCUGAGGUUAGAGGGCUCCAAUUCCCAUGAAAAGCUCAAUACCAGCUUGCCCUCUGUCAACUGUGGUCCCUGGUACAGCGACAGCAAUGGGAACAGCCGGGGGCCCAGUCCCAGCCCCACCCCUAGCAUGUCAGCAUCCAGUCAAAGAGCACCACGGCCGGUGUCGCUCACAGUGCCCUCGCUACUGGGUAAAGACUCCAGCUCACUGUCUCACGGCAGCGCAGGAAGUCUGGUGGAGGCGGUGCUAAUAUCAGAGGGUUUGGGUCAUUUUGCCCAGGACCCGUCGUUCAUCGAGGCGACCAAAGCCGAGUUGGCUGAUGCCUGCGACAUGACCAUCGAGGAGAUGGAGCACGCCGCCAACAACAUCCUCAAUGGCAACAGUACCACAAACGCCACGUCCAGCACCUCCUCCACCUCUCAGCACAGCCCGAACGGCAACCUCCUCCCCUUCCACACAGCAGCAGCAGCAGCAGCAGCAGCAACAACAACAACACACAGGGACCGAGUGCCCAGCUUGAGUCCCAGCGAAGGUGGAGGAGAGUCCGGAGGAAGCCGGGGCUCCAUCCAUGGGCCGUCCUCUAUAGAGGAGCGGCAGGAGCUGCUGGCCAGGGGGAGGGCACGGGAGGAGGAGGAGGAGGAAGAGGAGGAGGAGGAGGAGGAGGACGAGCCAGCAGGGAGAGAAGAGGGGCACCACAGAGGCUCGGUGGUGAUUGGAGCAGCGCGGCAGAGGAACAGCGGGCUGCUGGAGGACGAGGAUAUGGAGUGUGUGACGAGUUUGUAGGAGUCAACACAACGGGUUCAAUCGGCCGACUGGCCCCUCUGACAUCAUCAGAGACCGACGCUUGUCAGUGCUGCCUCAUAGCGCCGCGGCUGGAUCUGUCUGUCCCCACACCAACACACACACACAUACACACACACACACACACAGUGUCGCUCUGGACGAUGGCGGCCAGUGACGCAACCUUAAACACAUGGUUAUGACUUUGUUGGUUUCUAUGAGUUAGUAUGUGUGUGGAUGUUUGCAGUAAAGUAUACCAGACUGUGUACUAUCUGAGCGCGUGUGUCUGCGUGAUUUAUGAUUUUCUCUAUUUGUGUGUGCGUGCGUGUGUUCUCCACACGUGUCUGAGUGUGUCUCUAAAGUGCCUCACAGUUUUAUCAUGUCCUCGAAGUGUGACGAGCCGAAAUGUAGGGACAAGCAAACAAAAAACUGACAAGGGAGGGCGUUGAAUGAAGGAAAGGUAGACGACAUAGUGUGUUUGUUUUCAUUUUCUAUGCCUACUCUGGUGUUGUGUUUUUGUUGUUUGUCUGGCCGCCAUGACCCCAGGUAGGGGACAGCAGACCAGCUUGUGGAGGGGUCAGUUACGGAUUACAAUCUGACCUCGCCCACUUGAGGUCAUAGGUCAACUCCUCCUUCUCGGUUCACUGAUGAUGAAGCGCUGUAUUGAGUAAAACAUGGGUUGAGAGAAACCCUUGUUUGAAAUCUCAUUUCUCCUCCUCUUCCAAAGCUAAGGAACCUUGGAGCACAGCCCUGCCAGCCUGGGGGUGGGAUUAAGGUGACACACCACCCCCAGCCAAGGGGGGGAAGGAUCUGAGGGAUGGUUCCAACAGCCUCAACGGGGCUGCCACAGAGGGCCACAGGCAGAGAGACACUCUGGCCAACGGGAAGCGAGCCAGCUCUCAUUUUACCCUCUGGUCAGUGAGACUCCAGCAAGAGACAAACUCACCUCGUCUGUCACCUUGAUCUGGCUCCGCCUCCUCUGCCGCUUUUCCUCGUUUGGCCACUUGCUGCCCCGAUUAUGAAACGGGGAGCUGCAUUUGGUGGCUAAUCAGAGACAGCGAGCCCUCUUUUCUGCCUCAUACCUUGCCGUUCCUCACUCCUUCCUCUAUCCUUCCUCCCUCCUCUUUGGUUGUUUCGCCAUCCCCUCCCUCCAUCGCUGGGGUUUUCUUGUUUUUUGGGUUUUUUUGUUGUUUAUUUCGUUUGCUUUUUCAGCCCUCGGGGAGGCGUGCGUUUGUCGAACUGGGCAACAGAGAUGGCAGGGUGCACAAGAGAACGGGAGUGACCGAUUGAAAAGAAAACAGACUCCGAGCAUGGAUCCGCACAGGGUCUGCCGUCAAUCCAACCUCACUUCCUUCUCCAAAACCCUCCUCUUCCUCUCAGCGUGGAAUCCUGUUGGAUUUGCUGCCACACACUCUUUCUACAGACCACGCCCACUAUGUAUUUAACAGUUCAAUAUUGUGCAAAACUGGCUAGCCAUGACUAUUUUUGUUUUAUAUUCAUGAUGUUAUUGGUUUAAUUUAUCCUUGAUUUGUUUGCACAAUCGGGGUGCUGGUCUUAUAAAUGUAUUUUUGCUCGAUUUAUUUUAGGAGAAUUUUAAGAGGUUUUAAGUAUCGAAGCAGGGCGUAGUGUUUGCGUGCGAGUGUAUAACUAUUUGUGCGCGAGGAUGUGUGUGUCUGCGUUUUAGUACAGGGUGUGUGUGUGUGUGUGUGUGUGUGUGUGUGUGUGUGUGUGUGCGCGCGUGCGCAUAUGAGUGGGUGAGAUAGUGUGUGUAUCUAAAAGGGGGGUCUUUCUCUCUAUCAGUAUGCACCUUUUACAGAUUGUAUCUAUUUAUUUAUUUAUUUUUCCCAGAAGAGAAAAAAAUGUGUGCGAGAAUGUGUGUGUGUGUGUGUGUGUGUGUGUGUGUGUGUGUGUGUGUGUGUGUGUGUGUGUGUGUGUGUGUGUGGUUACAUGUGUAUUCUAAAAAGCUGAUUUUAAGCCUAGACAGUAAAUUAAGGUAGCAUUAAAAGUAUGGUGUUGUGUGUGCAAGGGUGUGCGCGUGUGCGUGUGUGAUAAUGGGCCUCCUUAACACAGGGUUACCAUGGACAGGCAUGCUUCCAAAGCUUUGUGAUUUCUUUAGCACGGUUUUUACUUUUUAGCCAAGCUGCAGAGUCAGAAGCUACUCUGUCUUGGAAAGCUAGUCAUCGCUUUUUUCUUUAUUUUUCCUGUUAGGAAAAGGUAGUUAGGGUCUCCAGCAAGGUCACAGUGAAGGAUGCAUUUACAAUGGUGGUGAUGAUGAUGAGUUUCGGCAUUGCAGCUUGGCCAGAAGGUAAGAAGCCUUUUUUGGCGAUUGCUGCUCAUCUUAUUCACGGUGGAGGGUUGCUCUGAAUGGUAGAAGUACCAAAUUUAUACUGCCACAGUGACGCCUUGUGAAUGAACCGGGUUAGAGAGGGGAAGGAGGUGUGUCGCCCUGAUCACGUGGCUGUAUUACACCCAUUCUGUCAUCAUUUUAAUGGAAGCUUCAACUCCAAACGUACUAUUAGGGCUGGUGUACAGAUGCUGCAAGACUUCUGAAUCACAUCUCUUUGUCUGAGGCUCAUAUCACGAAACAUUCUAAUUUAUUAGCUCUGUUAGAGAUAAACCAAUUUCCUGUCUGUGAUAUGAUUUUAAACUGGUGAAAUUAUAAUGCAAGCAGGAAAUUUACCGAUCAUUGAUAAGAUAUGAUAGAAGUUGUUUGGUUAAUGUGAUAAAUUAUCUGAAAACCGCUCAGCUCGGAGGGAUGUUGCAUCUUGGAUGAUCUCCUGUGUGAUUUUUUCUUUUUUCUUUUCUUUUUUCUAAUGGCUCAUAGGUAGCAGCGUGACAUAUUUUUGACUCUCCGGUUUAGUUUGCUCCUUGAUUAUAGUUUGGAGAGAUAAAUAUACGGCCAUAGUCAGGUAUGGUAAUCAAGCCUCAGUACAUUACACAGGGCACAGGUAUCUUCUCCAAAAAACAUUCCUGACAUCACAUCACGAGCACCAAUUUAUAAUUAUCAUUCCUAUGUCAACAACUUUAUAGUAUUAAAAACUGAAAUAAUUCACUUCAGCUCUUUGAGACGGACUGAAAACUUUGAUAAACCCAACUGCUGCUAUUGCUACAAUCCCAACGCAAAAUCAGCUAGACACAACACAGCUCACAUGUUAAUGCAUUUCAGUGUAUUUAAUUUUUAAAAAUGCAGAAAAGGAAAGUCAGUUUUUUAGAUAUACAGAUUCCAUUAAUUUCAUUGUUGACUAAACUUGGUAGCAAUCCUGAAGGUGCAUUCACACAGAACAGCAGCAGUUCGAAAUACAAGAGUUCAGUUUAUGUUUGGAUUAGCGCAUUAAGAGCAGUUUUAAUCUUAUUAGACAAAUUCUGAUAUUUUGCUAGAGCCUUCAUGAUUCCAAGACACAUUGUAUAAAUUAACUCUACAAAUCUCACCUUAAAAUAUAUAAAAUGCCCAUCCAGAGAUACUGUCACACGUCAGCUUCUGCUCAUUAGUUUUCUCUUUAAUUUGCCAGCUCUACUUAAUAGGCGUUCAGCAGAGCAGGUUUGUGGCAGGGAAGAGCAUGCAUGAACACACUGCCAUACACUGCAUCCUGUGCCAGUAACAGACUCCUGUCAUUAUUAUGCAAUCUAAAUGUGAAUGUUGAAUAUGUUUUUAGUGGCAGUGCUGUUGUUGUUUUAUGAUCACACUGCAGAUUCUGAAUAAGAAGACUUGUGUGGUCAAAGGAGUACACUCCCAAAGUUAGACAGGAUCCAUUGGCUUCAUGAAAAUGUCCUCAGCGUUUACUAUUCUUUGUGAAACUGAUUUGGUAGCAUAAGCUGACGGGCUGCUUUGAGGCUCACAUCAGUUUUAGUAUAAGCUAGUCAGAGGUCUGAAGGUUAUGAGGGCAGAUUUGGAUUUGGUCAAGCGUGCAACUGAAAGGUUUCCAAGCUAGUUUUUGAGAAAAAUGGGUUCAAAUUUUUGUGUUUUCAAGGAUGAUCUAACACUCAAAGCGCACUGUUCCGCUAUAUUUGGGUUGUGGGUUAGACUGUAAAAUAUUACAGAAAUUAUAUAAAACUCAGUUCAGAUUUGUUGUGGAGUAGACCAUUCUGCUUCUAAACCCCUCAACUGUGUGUGCAGGGCAGGAUUUGGCUUGAGUGUUUUAACCUCAAAAUUGAGUCAAUCUCACUUUUGUUUCUGUUUUCACACUGAGAUGGAGCAGCCCAGGUGAAUUUAAAAGACAGCAGAGCUUCUCCUCUCUGUUGUUUAUGCUUAUUUUACACUAUUUGGCUUAAUUCCUCAAUGAUACAUGUAGCCAGCAGGCAUCUGAAUUGUAGUUUUUGUACAAAAGCUGCCACAGCAGAACCAGUAACUGUCUGCUUUCAAUUUCAGUUUAUCAGCCAUGAAUGUUAAUCUCUCAAAGCAGAUUAGAAACCGUGGAAUUGUCCAACACAGAAAACUCGUAGAUAAAUUUAAGAUGAGGAAAGUUUCCGCAAGAUUGCAUAAUAGAUGUCUUCUGUUAUAAAUCAUUUCCAGCUCUCUGGGAUAAAAUAAAAGUGCAUAAAUUAUACAUAGACAUGCUCAGAAACUACAUUUACUUCAGAUAAUUUACUUUCCUGUUCCUAAUAAAUGUUCAUUUAUAUAUUAUGGAAAUAGAUAUUCACACACCAAGUAACCCUGCAUAUCAGAAGUGCCGAAAUAGGCUUUGAUGUUUGAGUUUUGACAUUGGUUUUGGUGGGAGAGAUUCAAAGACCUGUGGUGCCCCCGUGUGGAGUGGAGUAGAACUGCAGUUAUUUUAUGUUCUUCAUAGGUUAGCAUGAACUAUGAGGUGUUGUGUUGCAGUAAAAAGGUAUGAGUGGGUGUGAUCCUGCAACCCACAAGAUAUGCAAAAACAAUGCAAUAACUAUGACUGUAUACAAGGUUCCCGAAGUAAAUAUGCUUGUGAAAGUGGAAAAAAAAUAUCUGUAUCAUUAAGAUGUAUUAUUUUCUGUUUGUUACAUUUUUAAGUAAACUCAGUGGUUUCCAUGCCAGAAAAAAACCUAACAUACUUGAAAUCAGGUACAUUGCAGUGCAGUACAGUAAAGAUGUAUUUAUUUAUCUUUCUCGUGCCGGGGUGGCGGUCAGAAAAGUUUAUUGGGGCUGUGACCUGAAAUCAGCGUUUUUGCUCGUGGUUUUAAGCCAAUGGAGACACCAUCUAUCAUUUUGGUGGUUCAGCAGCAAAAUCGACUCGCUUCAUCUCCCUGACUCAAUACUUUUUGACUGUAUUCCCUUGAUCUUGUUUAUUUCCAGCUAUAGUUUGUAAAUGGAGCUCCGUGGGUGUAACAUCAGUAUUGCAUGAGGUCCUCAUGUCGACGUUUGAGCGUUCCAGGCUUUUGCAGCCGUUUCAUUUCAAUCAGGAAUCAUAUCACAUUCUGACAGAGUAGCUUUUUCUAUUUGGUGUACAUACAGUGAUUGAAGUUGGUAUUUCUUCUCUAAGCUAAUAUUUGACUGGAUUUGGAAGGUGGUUUUGCAUAUCUUGUGUCUUAUGGGCUGGCUCUUGGUUUAAUUUCUGGCUCUUAACCCUGAGAAGGACAGAGAUAUGAUGAUCAAAACAUGAGAAAAAUAGUGAGCUAGAGUGUUUGUUUUCUUCCCAGGUCAGACAGAUGUCACUAAAACAUGCUUCUGUGUUGCCAUGGUCUCUUGUCUGUUUGUCUUCGAAACUUUUCCCCUGUAGAAAAUGAACCACUGGGAAUAAUUUCAAUGAAAAUUGCUCAGAAUUGGCGUUUUCAUUCUGUUGGGCUUAAAAUCACAUUCAGGACAGACACAGGCAGAAGUUACACAAAACACACUUAAGAAUACACAUGAAAAGCUUACCGACAGCUGUGUUUUCCAUAUUAAUUCUAAGAAAACCCUGUUUUUGGUCUGACUCUAUCAGGAUAAAGGUCCUUCAAUCAGUCUUCAUCAUGAAUAAGCUGACCUUCUGUAAGAUCUGUAGAGCAGCUUUUCAAACUUAAUGACAGAUGACUUCAAAUACCUGCCAGAAAACAAGUAAAAUGUCAUUUUUAUGAAGUCUGAAUGAUGUAUUUUUAAAGUUACAGUUUAAUCGACAUUGAAUAAUGCAUAAUUUCCCAUUAAAAUAUUAUUUGUCUGCAAAACAGCAUACUGUAAAAAUUUUCUUGCACUGUAUGCAUGCAGUAAAAGUCAGUUUUCAAAAGCUAUCCUGAUUGAUUAGCAUCAAAAGCACGGGUGUAAUUAAUAUCUUGAAUUCUGGCUCAUUUCUGUUACUUUUUUCUGAUAAACCAACAUGCAUCAAACUGCAGAUGUGGAGCUGCUACUUGUUAUUCAUACCAUAGUUCCAUUCGUGUUUUCCAAGUUGCACUGUCAACCUUCAGUGUGUGUUUGUGCACCUUCUGCCUCAGUGUCCGUCGGUCAGCAGCCAGUUUAGGCUGCCUCCUUGGAUCUCCACCUCAAAUUCAACCAAUUUUCUCCAGUAAAAAGCAGACAUUGAGAGAAUAAAGGCUUGCUUUCUUACAGAGGGACGACAAUCUAUUUGGCGGUUGAUGACAAUAGGAAGAAGAGGGCGUUUGGCCCCGACUAAGAAUGUUGGACAGAGAGUAUUUUUGGUGAUUGCUGAAGGUUUUUCUUUCAUCAUGUUUGGAUUUCAGGGUGGUCUAAGUUCUGACAUGGUGAAUUAUAUAUUCCAGUAAUGUUUUCUGUGCAUGGGUUUCUCUCUCUAGGGAUAUAAAGUAUUGGUCCUACGUGAAUGAUGAUAUCUUUUGUCUCACCACUAGCCAAUGAUUGUAUAUUUUUAUAUACCAUAUAUAGCAAAAAUAUAUAUGAAUAUAUAAUAUUUAAUCACCAGAAUGUUCGAGUAAGGAACGGACGGGACACCUAUUUGGGAAUGUACUUAGUGACCUAUUGGAAAUGUGUUAUAUAGGCCUACUGACAGAAGGUCAGUAAGAAUUUAUUGAAGCAACUCCCACUUUACUGACUGUAUUUUUAACCAAAAGGAAGCAGCAGGGAAUAAUGUAGUUGAAAUUUCUGAAGUGAAAUCAUGUUUUAGCUGGUGGGAGAUGGGCUUUUAGGAUGAUUUACAGACUGUGGAGCUGUUUAGUCCAUGAAAAUAUCCCUUAAUAUAAAGUACAGAUAUUAUAAAAGGCUACUUCACAGAUUAAUUUUUAACCUACAUGUGCAAAUCUAUCCACCCUCCAGGAAUAUGAGGCUCAAACUUCAAACAACAGACAGAUCUGAAAUCCAAGAUGCUUUUUGCUUGUGUUUGUGUUUAUGCAUUGUGAAGAAACUUGUCAACCUACCAGCAGCCUGUCAGAGCAGGUCAGCGUCUGGUCAUUUCCUACUGUAGCACUGAGAGGAAUGCCUCUCUAUAACUAGUCCUACAUCAGCAAAACACACACACACACACAUUGUACACUUUAUCUAGCAACUUAACCAAAAAAUCCAACUAUCAAGGACUAGAUUUCUGUAUGUUAUGAGCCAUUCAAACCGUGUAGCUUCUACUUUUUGCCUCCGAGAAGGAACACGGAGGACUUGAACUACAUCUGUGUAGAGAAAUUAAUUCAUCUGCAUUGUAUGCAGAUUGGAAAGGAAAGCAGUGUCCGGUCAACUAAUUUGUGCAUCACUGAGAUCUGAUGUUGAUUUUUGGCUGCAUUUACACUAAAAGCUCUGAGCUAAAGAGCAGCAAUUUGUCUGUUUAUUACUAUAUAUGCAGAAAUGUGUUGGAUUUGGUCGUGUUUUACGUGAUAUCUUGACAGCGAGGAGCCACAGAAGGGUGAAAAGACAGAUUUUGGAGAGGAGCUGCUGUAUAUGAGUAAGAUUUGAGCUGCUCGGUAUGAAAAAUAAAUAGUAUUUUACGCACAUGUACCAUUUGAAAGUGUUAGAGUUGUGUGUUUAUCCUUAAACUAACUUUGCCAUUUCAGAGAGAGCGAGGCUGGAGAGCAGAAGUCUUCUUAUGUUUCCUGUCUUGGUCACUCGUGUGGAUCUACCCUUGUUGCAACAGAAGCACGUUCUAUUUUCUUGUGAAUCAAAGUGUUUGUUGGUCACCGUUUGAUCCCGACAAAAAAAAUAUUUUAAGAUGACUAUUUUGAAUAGAGAUUUUAUUUUAUUUUAUAGGUAAAAUUAGCAUAGCCUGCUGUUGUUUUUUUUUUUUGUUUUUUUAAAGUCGGAAAAUCUUUUUUCUGGAGAAACAGAGAGAAUCUCCUCUUUGUUUUUCUGUACAGAUGUUAUUUUGACAUUGAUACUGCUUUGGGAAAGUGUACGGAAAGUAAAAGAGGGAAUAUAUUAUUAAAUACAAGUUUAUAUUGCGAGUGUCUUCUAUUUUAGAUAUUAAAUAAUAUAAAAACUAUAUCUGAAUUAUAAGAUAUUAAGAGACAGUUUGGGGCAGGACGAUGUAAGAGGAUUAAAAGAGCAUUUGUUACUUAUAAAAACACGCCCAAGUUUUCAGGUGCCAUGAUGUGAGUUUUACUGAACUCUACACAUGCUGCACAUUUUCUAUAUUUGAACAAGAAUAUUUUAUUGGUUUUUACCAUCAACUACAGGUUUGCAUUAGGUUUUUGGAGAUAAUUACUGCUAAGUUUCCUUUGUGUAAAGAUUUGUCUGUCUGUUGCUUGUGCAAAAGGUGUGACUUUAAGAAGAAACAUUAUAGAUCCAACAGGAUACACGAUUAAGUGAUGCAUUUAAUUCAACACAUACAGAUGGGAAAUUACAUUUUUGAUGCAUUUAUUAUGAUCAAGGAAUCAGGAAUUAGACUGGGAUGAUGUUAAGAGGCUGAAUAGUCGCUUUUGGCAUCGACACACUGUCCGUACAUUUUACUUCCAACCUGAAAAAUUGGAUUCAACACUUAUUACAAUGUUUAAUUAAUCAGCUACACUCACUGCAAUCUUAUAUAGCAACACUCAAAUGUCAAAUUUUUUUCACAUAGAAGCAUGUUAACCGCUCACCGAUCAGUCUUCUUCAAACGUGUUCAAGAGGCUGCUGAUGAGAAUCAACCCUCUUCCUUAUUUCAAAAUGAAGCUGAUAGAUGAGCUUUGCUUGCCCAGUAGAUUUAGAAAUAACAUAUAGAGUAGUUCUAUUUAACUCACUUCAUUGUGUAGCAGCACCUACAGCAGCACCUUUAUGUGAAUAUAUAGGACGACUGUUUCGUUAGGACCUCGAAAGCCUCACGUUCAUCACUCAUUCUUUGUUGUCGGUAUGCAUACAUGAAUCCCAGAGAUCCCUGUUUGAUCGAAUGUCACAAGGCUGACACCAAGCUGGCUCUCUGUUUGCUGAUUUUGGAGACGAAAAGCUGCACGUACAGCCCGAAGAGUUUCAGCUCCAGAGGUGUGGCAGCAGCUUUUAGAAUGCAGACUUUACCAUCAGCGGUUCUGCUCUUAAAACAUCCUCAUCAGAACCAUGAACGUCUCUGCCUGCCUCUCCUCCUCUCUAGUUUUUACACACAAGAGCUACUUAGCAUGGCACCACGAAUGAUAAUUAUUUCUACAGUCAUCCCUUGAAUGUAGGAUGCAGUGAUGCGCUUACUGAUGAUGUGGGGGGAAAAAAACACGUCCACAUUUGGAAUUUAGGUUUGGAUUUUUUUCAAUUUUAACAGCCAUUAACCCUCCUGUUGUCCUCAUUUAUGGCCACCAAAAAAUAUUGUUCCCUUGUCUGAAAAAAAAAAAUCCAAAAAUUCAGCAAAAAAAAAAUAAUUCCCCAAAUUUCUGAAAAUUUGCAAAACCUUCAAGAAGAAUAUUCCAAUAAUUCCUUAAAAAAUUUCCUUAAAAGUUUUGUUCUUAAAAUAUCCCCCAAAUUUGGCAAGAAAAUUCUUGCAAAUACUUUUUUAAAAAAAUGAGUAAAAAUCUUCCAAAAAAAUCCUAAAAAUAUCUAAAGUGAUUACAUAUGUAUCAAUAAAACUUCUAAUAUUUUCUUUCAGAAAAUUCACAUAAAAAUCGAUCAUUUUGACCUGCAGGACGACACGAGGGUUAAUGGAAGAAAAAAUAGAGCGCCAUAGAUGUGAGAAUUUUGGGUUUAACUCUUUGCUCACACAUAGUUUGUGCCGAGAGUUAGAAAACAAAUGUGUCCGUGUGCAAAUGCAGCUUUAGAGAAUGAGUUCAUCGGUGUCAUCUACAGCAUCAGUGUUUUCUUCCAUGCAGGCGUUAGGAUUCAGUGGCUCCAUAACGAAGGCUUUUCCGUUCACUAUUUACCGGGUAACUGCCAGGUUCUCCACUGGUCAGUAGUGUCUUACGAUCCUGUUCGUAGUGUCGAGUCACUACUCAUGCAACGUGUUAAAGGGCCUUUGACAGGACUGAGCUGUUUGUUCGUUUUCGUUCUUUUCUUCCCGUCGAGAGAGAAGUCUGUUAUCGAUCCUUAAGUUUAUUCUUUGGAGAGAGGUGUUCACACAGAGACCAAUUUGUUGUAAUAUUAGUAAUGGCGCUACUGUUAAAUGUAGUAUUUAAUAGCAGCACUAUUUAUGGUCCAAAAAAAAAAAGAACUAGAGUGUGUUCUUGUGCUUGAGGUAGCUUUGGAGGCAGGUGGCCAUUUUGUAACUAAGUUCUUUCACAUAAGCCACUCCCCCUUCCCACUGUGGGAGGGAUUUCAUUGGUUCUGAGGUUGCAAAGUGACACCGGCCGACAUCAUCUGGUUCCCUCGGUUACCAUUUGUCUCCUUGAUGACGACUGCAUGGUCUCACGGUUGACACACCCUUUUAUUUUCUUCUUCUUCUGCUUCUCUUUCUGUUUUCUAAAGGAGAGUUCUUGAGUUUUUUUCAUUCAUUUCAUUUUAGAUUUUAGAAAGGGAAAGAAUACAAAUGAAAUAAAUCAGAAUAUUAAUUCAAUCACUUUUUCUACUCCUAUUUUCAAUAAAAAGUGAAACGAAAAACCAAACAAAAAGUUGAUUUGUAAAUAAGUAAUGUACAGUUUGUAUCUGUAACUUGUCAGUCUGUCAUUGGUGACAGAGUCUGUCUUGCUUAUAACGCACGCUACCAGUAAAUAAAAAAGGAAAAAGUAUAUUUAGACUGUAUGGUCCCUUGAAAGCAAGUUUUAAAUUAAUAUCUGAUGUAUAUUCCUGUAACAUUGCAUUUUUAUCUGAGGAAUGAUGUUAUUAAAAAUUGCAAAUAAAUUGCAUUUCCUACA